AUGGCCGCGAAUAUAUCAGCCAGUCACUCUGCGGCCAAUGGCAAGCCCAAUCAUUGGCACGGCGCAGGAGCAGCCGAAUUUGAUCUACGGAGCGACACCAUGACAAAGCCGACACUAUCCAUGCUCGAGGCAAUCACAAACACAACCUUGCUGGACGAUGUAUUUAAGGAGGAUCCGGUAACAAACUCGCUCGAGGAAUACGUUGCACAGCGCGCCGGCCAUCAGGCUGGAUUGCUCGUCAUGUCCGGUACCAUGGGCAACCAAGUCGCCAUUCGAACGCACCUGGUGCAGCCACCCUAUUCCAUCUUAUGUGACCAUCAAUCUCACAUCCUUCAAUAUGAAGCGGGUGGAGUCAGUGCCUGGACGGGUGCGACUGUUUACGGUAUUAUCCCGAAAAACGGCAUCUAUUUGACUCUCGAGGACAUUCAGAAGCAAGCUAUACUCGACGAUGAUAUUCAUUACUGCCCCACCAAGCUGAUUAGUCUGGAAAACACUCUGGAUGGGACGGUGCUGCCACUCGAUGAAGUGCGUCGGAUUGUUGAGUGGGCCCAUGCUAAAGGCAUCAAGGUCCAUCUUGACGGCGCAAGACUCUGGGAGGCGGUCGUCUCAGGCGCAGGUAGCUUGUCAGAUUACGCGAGUCUCUUUGAUAGUGUGAGUCUCUGCUUUUCCAAGGGCCUGGGUGCUCCCAUUGGGAGCAUUAUAGUUGGCUCAGAGGAGUUUAUCAAGCGGGCAAAUUGGUUCCGUAAAUCCAUUGGAGGUGGUGUCCGCCAAGCCGGUGUCAUCUCGGCUGCUGCACGUGUUGCCGUCGAGGAGACCUUUGGGCCCGGCCCCAAUGGCGAAGGUGGGAGACUCAAAGACACUCAUGCCAAAGCGAAGAAGGUAGCAGAUGCUUGGACGAGCCGCGGUGGGAAGCUGCAGAAGCCUGUCCAGACGAACAUGGUCUGGCUGGACCUCGAGGCGUCCGGACUGGGCCCGAACGACCUGGCGGCCAUCGGGAAUCAAAAGGGCCUGAAACUAUCCGGUGGGAGAAUCGUGAUCCACUAUCAGGUGUCUGAUGAGGCUAUCAGCCGCCUGGAAGAAGUCUUCGACAUUGCCUUCAGCGGUAAGUUUGAGCGAAGCGACAAUGUCACGAAACCUUAUGGAACAAAGUAG